AGCUCAUACAGUCAUGUGCUCCAAACGAACCAAUAGGCGUCGUCGUUGCCUCAUUAAGAUUCAGACUGCCUGGUCAAGGCGAUGGUGUUUUAGCGCACUAGCUAUAGUGACACUGUAGACAAACACGGAGUUCUUUUAAUAACUGAUUCUGUGGUACGAUUCUUGUCAACAUAUUUUAAAGGAUAACGUAGGAAAAUAUUGGCAACGAGGUGAAUCAUGGACGACAAGGAGUUUCAGCUCAAUCUUCAAGAGCUCGUUGAAAACUAUGUAUGGGAUUGCUUCAAGUGCGAUCUGGGCUUUUUAAAAGGUAUUUUCUAUCAACGCCAUAAGCACUACUUUGACAUUCGCUGGGGAUAUGUCGAUUUUCAACACGUCACUACGAAGACAGACCGUCCAAUGAUCCGAUCGGUCACCAAAGACAAGACAGAACUGUAUUUUACAGAGUACCAAAACAAGUCUAAUCGGGAUCAGAAGUACACCUUUUCCACCACAAGAGAGACCGUAGCAACCACUAAAAUUGAGCUCCAAGAAAACUACACAUUAGGUGCGGAAACUAACAUAGAGAUUGACCUUGCAGGAGUGGUUAAAAUCGGAGGCGGCGUAAAUGGGUCGGUUUCCGUAACCAACACAAAAGGCGAAGAUUUUAGUGAGACUUUAAAUUGGAAUAUUAACACAGAAAUAGUGGUUCCAAAGUGGAACAAGGCCCGUGCUUCGCUGUACGUUUUCGAAGAACCAUCCAUAACGGAAUUCGUGGUGACCACGACCCUAUCGCUGCCGACCGGAAGUCUUCCGGUCUCCAUACGGAGGGUAAAAGAUGACAAGAUAAUAAAAACCUACUGGAUAAUGAACCUUCAUUGUCUCUUUUCGGACAAGCAAAAGGAGGACGGUAUCGUGAAGUGCGAAACGAAGCCUGUUCCCGGAAAAUCAAUAGAUGACGCCAUUGUUGUCAUCGAGACACGUGGCACGUGUAGAAAUGUUUCGUGGAAGAACCAGCACGUGGAGGUACAGUGUGAGCGCAUGGCGGACGUCGGGAACGAAGCAAGUGACUCGCAUGACGACGACGAAAGCGACGACGACAAGGCUAAAAACUAGAAAAAAUAAAUACGAAAUGGGUUGUUACCAAAGAAGCUUUCAUUGAGACGAGAUGUGUAAAUGCAAGUCGCAUUUCAAACGGAUGUAAACACAAACAUCUCAGCAUCCUAUAUUGGCCUUUUCGGCUUGAAACCAUGUAAAGUCAAUUGUGUGUUGUUUUAGACGAUUUACAACGAUUGGAACCGUGAUUGUGGCUUUAACACGUGCAUUCGGUCGUGCUGAUUUUAAUUAUGAAUAAUAACGUAUAUUAAUUAACAUAGCUGUGCAUGGUUAUUAAAGUGCAUAUGUAUUAUAUUUACAUUUUGAAUAGUAUACAGUGUUUUGUUGUGUUGUAUUGGAUAGUAGUAUUUAAUUACAACCAGUAUUAAAUUACAAAUAGUAUUAAAUUACAAGCU